AUGGACAACACUUCACAGGACAACGGCCUCAACGACACAACCAGCAACUACACUGACUACAGCAACCAUUUUCAGUUUAGUAAUCUCCUUGGCUUUCCCAGUUUUGGUGAAGUUGCGUUCAUCCACUUUGUGGUGGACUGCCUAGUCAUUUGUCUCGGCCUUCCUUUGACCCUCGGGGCCAUCUAUGGUCUUUUCUCUCAGGUGAGAAAUGGUGAAGUUGCUCCGAUCUACGUCAUCAACCUUCUCAUCUCUGACAUCAUUCAGUUCUGCUGCUUGAUCGUUGAGGUGGCACAGCCUAAGGACAUGUACUUGUUCCAUUCUGACUACUGGGAGAUAUUUUGGGUCUUCCACUGUAUUUACAUCUACUGUCUGUUGGCCAGUGUUGGCUUCAUGGUGGUCAUCGCUCUGGAAAGGUAUUUGGUCAUCGUCCACCCACUGUGGUACCGCUUCAGACGAACCAUCAAGACCUCUGUGCUGAUCUGUGUCCUGGUCUGGAUCAUUCCUGCUGUCCCUGCCCUCACUGAGUUUUUCUUUUUUAUGUACUAUGUCCACAUGGUCGUUUCCAACAUCUUUUACCUCCUUCCUCUCCCGCUGAUCAUAUUCUUCCUGAUUGCGACCCUCAAAGUCCUGUAUGCUACCAUCUCGGUCCCGACUGACGAAAAAAAACGAAUUGCGGGAAUGUUGAUCCUGGUGCUGCUGAUUUACACGCUGCUGUUCCUGCCAAACAUCAUUAUGAAUGUGUACAUGUACGAUUUCUUUACUAAACCAAAUGCAGACAUGAACCCACAUCUUUACCAUCUCCUCUACCUGGCUCCUGUGUUUGUUAAGUUGAGUCCUCUGGCAGACUUAGUUCUGUAUAUGUUGAUGAGGAAAGGGACCAUACGCCAGCUUUCAGCCUGUUUGUGUCGCUGCAGAACAGACAGCAAUGAAAUCAGAUCUGUAACUGUGAACAUGCCUGGAGAGAGAGAUGGAGAAAGAGAGAUGGAGAGAAUGAAGGAGAGAGAGAUGGAGAGAGAGAAAAAUUAGCUGUUAUCUUUCGGAUAUUAAAGUCUUAUUAACAUUUUGUUAU